AUGACUCGGCUUCGUGAUGCGGUGCUGGCUCUGGCACAUCCUUCCGAUCUCACGGCCGAGGCGAAACUGGAGGAGGCCAAUUGGGCACUGGGUGUUGCCGCUCGACGUGCGCAGCAUGUCCUGCAACCCGAGGAUGGCCGGCGCGUGCUGCGCCUCCUCAUGGUCCCCGACCUCUUUACGAUGCGUAUGCAUCCUGAUGCUCUACAGGCGCCGCCCUUGGUUGAAACCACUGCGCUGGCCGCCGGCAAGGAGCGUCGACUACUCCUCCGA